AUGGCCACAGUUUCGGAGAAGGAGGAGGGUGAGACAGCGAAAUCGAAACCCCCAAGGCCGAAACGAAUAUGUUUCUCAUUCGCGGCAUACACCACCAACCUCCUUAACCGCCUCAAAUCCUCAAACGUUGUGAUCGAGGAAGGACUCUCCGACAUAGAACUCCGAAACCUGGAAUUCAAAUUGAAAUUCUCGUUCCCACCGGACCUUCGCGUGAUCCUCCAACAAGGCCUUCCCAUAUCCCAAGGCUUCCCCAAUUGGCGUUCCUCUUCGACUCAACAACUCCAAAUUCUCCUCAACCUCCCCGCCUCCUCGAUUCUCCGUCGCGUCUCCAACACGCGCUUCUGGCAUCCCUCCUGGGGCCCGAAACCGUCCGAACCGACCCAGGUCCUUCGCCGGUUAUUAAAUGAUGCACCGACGCUCGUCCCGAUUUACCGGCAUUGCUACAUUCCCGCCUCCCCCAACGCCGCCGGGAACCCCGUUCUCUACGUGGACGACGGCGGGGAUGUCUGUUUGCUGAGCUUGGACGUGGCGGGGUUCUUCCGAGAGUUUCUGGCGCGGGGGAUGGAUGAGCCAGUGUGGGCGGCAACAGCGGCGAGGAGGGUGAGGUUCUGGUCGGAACUGGCGGAGGAGCGGUGGUGGUGGUGGGGUGGCGCGAAGGGGGAGCUCGGAGGGUGCUUGGACAGGGUGGUGCGGAAAUUGAGAGAGGGAGGAUGGACGGAGGAGGAGAUACGCGAGAUGAUGACGGUGGAAGAGAAGAUGGAGAAGCAGGAGUCGAAAUUGAAGGACAAAGAGUCCAUGGCGUGGCACGUGAGAGUGCUCUCCUUGGUUUUGCUGCGUGCGGGGUGGAGCAGGGAAGAUGUUGUGUACUCGCUUGGGGUCGUUGGCGAUGAAGGAAAAUCGUGGCUGGAAUUCCAUCAAGAACCGUUAGAUCAACACAUUGUCCACAUCAACGGCUUCUAA